GUAGAAAGACCUGACUAUACUACGUUAUACAUAACAUCCUUGAAAAUGUAGAAUUUUUUAAAUUUACAUUUACGCAGGCUAAGGACAAACUUGGUUAUAUGAACAACGCUCACAACCCUCACAACACUGCUACCACUUUGACAGUUCUAAUCAUAUAUCAACCUAUACGUGAUAGAUAUACGUCUUGUUAGUGUAACGAGGAAUUUGUUGUGAAAUAAAGUCAAUUGUCGAAAAUACUGCAAUUCAUAAUGUAUCGAUUCUACCGGACAAUUGGUCUUAUUAAUGUUCCACGACCUCAAUUACUGAACUCUACGUCAAUUCCACAGAAAAGCGUCAAACAACGGACCCUGUCGACAGAAUCGAAAUUCAGUAUCAAAGAUGAAGUGCUUAACGGACGGCCAUUGUAUCUAGAUGCACAGGCGACCACUCCACUGGAUCCUCGCGUAUUGGAUGCAAUGUUGCCAUACCUCACUUCAUAUUAUGGAAAUCCGCACUCCAGAACGCAUGCCUAUGGCUGGGAGUCGGAGAAGGCAAUGGAGAAGGCCAGAGAUCAAAUAGCACAUUUAAUUGGUGCGGAUGCAAAAGAGAUUAUCUUCACGUCGGGUGCGACCGAAUCGAAUAACAUUUCCGUUAAGGGUGUUGCUAGGUUCUACGGCUCUAAGAAGAAGCAUAUCAUCACCACGCAAACCGAACACAAAUGCGUAUUGGAUUCAUGUCGAGCACUGGAAGGGGAAGGAUUUCGAGUCACAUAUUUACCAGUACAACAGAAUGGAAUCGUCGACAUGCAGACGCUCGAUGAGGCUAUCACACCGGAAACGUCGCUUGUAUCCAUAAUGGCUGUGAACAAUGAGAUCGGAGUCAAACAACCCAUCUCUGACAUCGGAGCACUGUGCAAAUCGAAAAAGGUUUUCUUUCACACAGACGCAGCGCAAGCUAUCGGCAAAAUUCCCAUCGAUGUCAACGCAAUGUCAAUUGAUUUGAUGUCCAUAUCGGGCCACAAAAUCUACGGACCCAAAGGAGUCGGUGCCUUGUAUGUGCGCCGACGUCCACGAGUGCGAUUGGAAGCGAUUCAGAGUGGUGGUGGUCAAGAGCGCGGUCUACGAAGCGGUACCGUUCCGACUCCACUUUGUGUGGGAAUUGGCGAAGCGUGCGAAAUAGCCGAACGUGAACGGGAGUACGAUCAUAAAUGGAUGGAAUUUCUGUCGGAGCGGUUGAUUGGCAAAAUUACUGCUGAAUUGCCGCAAGUUAUUCGAAACGGUGAUCCGGUUAUGACCUACCCGGGGUGUGUUAAUUUAUCGUUUGCAUUCGUCGAGGGUGAAUCGUUGUUAAUGGCACUGAAAGACAUUGCGCUGUCGUCUGGAUCAGCUUGUACGUCCGCUUCGUUGGAACCGUCGUAUGUGUUGCGAGCCAUUGGCACUGAUGAAGAUUUGGCACACAGUUCGAUCAGAUUUGGGAUCGGUCGAUUUACAACAAUCGAGGAGAUUGAUUACACAGCCGAGAAAUGCAUCAAGCAUGUGCAGCGUUUGAGAGACAUGUCACCGUUGUGGGAAAUGGCUCAGGAGGGAAUCGACAUCAAAAGUAUUCAAUGGUCUCAGCAUUAGCGUCAGUUACUUUCUCCCAUUAUUUUUUUGUAUUGUACAUAUAGACAGUGGAUACUGAUUACAGACGCUGGUCCAUAGGACCAGCUCACAGAGACAAGAAUGUAGAAUAUGUUUCCUUGAUUUUUUUCAUUUUUAAAGUGACAAUAAAACGGUUACGCAU